GCCACCCGCCGGGUCAGAACAUUUAGAGCGGGGAGAAACGCAAAAUUCCCCCCAAAUCCGCCUCCAUUUUGUUCAAAUCAUUCCCGGCUCUCUCUCCCCAGCCCGCUCGAGAUCCUGGGUUCGCCAUGGCGACGCUCUUCCUCGCCCUGCAGUGCGUGGAGUGCUCCACCAUGCAGGUGAAGCAGCAGAAGAAGAGCAGCAACAAGUGGGUGUGCGUGGUGUGCAACCGGCGCCAGUCCGUGCUCCGCGUGCAUGCCCGCGGCUACCGCGCCGCCGACCUGCGCCGCUUCGUCCAGGACGCCAACCUCGCACGCGGCCGCGGCGCGCCGGUGCGCGAGCCGGACUGGGACCAGCCGGCGCCCGGAGAUCAGCAAGACGAGCCCCCGAGGGAGAAGAAGUGGAUGGACUGGUCCGAGUACCUGGACGACACCGGGGAGCGUCAUGCCGGCCGCGGCUUUGCUGAUUCUCUAGAUGAUGGGAUUGAAGUGUCAACUGAGUUACCUCAGGAAAGACCUAAAGCUCCUUCCUUGAAGAGACCACCCAAAGGCCAAUUGGUUGUAGCUGGAAAAAGGCCCAAGCCACCAACCAACCCCUCUUUAUCCAAGAUGCAGGAAAUGGAACAAACACCAACUCGCUCAACUCUCUGCUCUGCAACUUCUACUGCUGAAGCACAAAGAUCAAAGUUCAGCAAGUAUUUGGACAGUAGCUUCUUUGAAGAUAGAAAUCAAGUGGGCUCUGGGCUCCAUUGGACUGACCUUGAUGAAAGUGCUCCCACUACGGAGGUAGUGGUUGAUGAUGAGGUACACCCUGAUUUUAUGUGAUUCUGGUCUGGUCUGGGAUUGCUACUCUAUAUCAAUAUAUUUAAAAUAGCAUGUUGUAAGGUAAGAUUAAAUGUGCUGUUGGCAGAAUAUUAUUCUGUUUGAUAGCACUAUGGACUUUGGAGUACAUUGAGUUGGACGAGAAAAGAACUGAAAGUAAAUUAGGGCACAUGCUAACUUUUCUA